AGCUAGGGACAGAAGAACUUCCCGAUGGAAUCAUAAAACACCGCUCAUUGUACGGUCGUAUGGAUAGUCAUUGGUCAUCUACUUGUCCGUAUAUGCAACAAGUCCAUAACUGGUAUCGUACAACUAAGCAUCAACUCAAGAAGAAUGUGAGCAGACAGAUGACACCUGACAUUGGGAGGGCGCAAGAAGUCCCCGUUACGCAAACACACUGUACCAUGAAUGAAGGUUACGGUGCAAGGUAUUUUUGGCGAGAUGUUCGCUCGGAAAAGUAG